AGACUGAUUUCCGUGCUUUCUUCUUUUCAAAAGGGUUGAAAAAACGUUACAUUUUCCUUUUCUCACUGUCCUUCAAUCGAUAAAAUUUUGAGAGAGUGAGAGAGUGUGUGUGUGUGUGUGAGAGAGAGAGAGAGAGAGAGUCAACCAAGGUAACCUUUUGUGUGCAGUGCGUUUUGGUUGUAUGUAUGUGUGUAAGGCUUCGAAUAGUCCACACAUUGCGUAUUUUAUCUUCACCUUUUCCUCCUCUGUGCAAAUCAAAUCAACUUUUAAGGCCUCUCUCUUUUUCUGCUAGCUUUUCUAGGUCUUCUCUUCUGCUCAUGAAAACCAAUUUCAGCUUUAUAGCAUGCAGAGAAAAACAAGAUAGACCCCCUAGGGUUUUCCUAACCCAUUUCUGAUUUUGUGAGAAACUGAGUUUUAGAGAGAGAGAGAGAGAUAGAGAGAGGGAUAGAGAACGAAGAGCUAAGCAGGACUAAAGGGAUUUUUGCUUGCCUUUUUUCUCUUUCUUUCUCUCAGAAAAAAAUCCAAACUUUUUUUUGCCCCUCACUCAGAGGAAGUUGGAGACAUUAGGAUUUAACUAUCCUUGUGUCUCCUCUGCCUCUCUGUCUCUCUUUUCAUUUUACACACAUAUAUCUACUGUGUUUUGGUGUGUGUAAACGUUGGUAUUAUACUUUCUAUCAUUUUUUUUUUUUUUCCUGUGUUUUUCUUACUUUUUGUUUCUGGGUUUUGCGAUUUCUGGGUUGUUCAUUGUUCUGAAAAGCUUGAGGGAUGAUUUGGAAAUGAAGUACUGAAUCUAUCUCUGCAAUCGUUAUAUAUAGCCAUUGAUAUAUAUAUAUAUAUAUACACAUAGAAAGAGAGAGUCUUUAGAGAGAGAAAAAAACAAGUAGGUAAGGUGUGGAGUUGCUUAUUAAAGAGAACACAAAAAAAAGAGUUUUUUCAUGAAUUUUGGGGGCUUUCUUGACCACACUGGUGGUGGCGGCGGCGGUGCAAGAAUCGUUGCGGAUGUACCUUACAACCACCACCACAACAUGCCCAGUGGUGCAAUUGCUCAGCCCCGCCUUCUCUCUCCCUCUCUUGCCAAGUCCAUGUUCAGCUCUCCAGGACUCUCUCUUGGUCUUUUCGAUGAGAAGGAAACGAGAAUGGAGGGUCAAGGUGAUGUGAAAAGAGUUCUUGAAAAUUAUGAGCCAAAUGUUGGUAGAAGAAGCAGAGAAGAUGAGCCUGAGAGCAGAUCUGGCAGCGAUCACAUGGAUGGUGGCGCGUCCGGGGACGACCAGGACGCUGCCGACGACAAGCCGGCGAGGAAGAAGAGAUACCACCGACACACCCCACAGCAAAUCCAAGAACUAGAGAGUCUUUUUAAGGAAUGUCCUCAUCCUGAUGAGAAACAGAGGUUGGAACUAAGCAGAAGGCUUUGUUUGGAGACUAGACAAGUUAAGUUUUGGUUUCAAAAUCGUAGAACUCAAAUGAAGACUCAAUUGGAACGCCAUGAGAACUCGAUUCUUAGGCAAGAAAAUGAUAAGCUUAGAACCGAAAACAUGUCUAUUAGGGAUGCUAUGAGGAGCCCCAUUUGCACCAACUGUGGUGGUCCGGCAGUAAUUGGUGACAUUUCUUUAGAGGAGCAACACCUUAGGAUCGAGAAUGUGCGUUUAAAGGACGAGUUAGAUCGAGUUUGUGCACUUGCAGGCAAGUUCUUAGGCCGCCCCAUUUCAUCUCUGGCUACUUCUAUAGCAAUACCAAAUUCAAGCUUGGAACUUGGGUUUGGAAGCAAUGAUUUUGGAGGAUUGAGCACUGUGGAGUCUGAUUUUGGUGUUGGGAUUUCAACACCUUCAUUGGUGGUGCCUCCAACUACAGCAGCAAGUACCGGUGUAACGAAGAUUGAGAGAUCGCAUGAGGGUUCCAUGUAUUUAGAGCUUGCUUUGGCUGCUAUGGAUGAAUUGUUUAAGAUGGCACAGACUGAUGAGCCCCUUUGGGUCAGGAGCUUAGAGGGUGGAAGGGAAUUACUGAACCAGGAAGAGUACUUGAGAACAUUUACUCCUUGUAUUGGAUUAAAACCAAAUGGUUUUGUCACCGAGGCUUCAAGAGAGACUGGUAUGGUGAUCAUCAACAGUUUGGCUCUUGUUGAGACAUUAAUGGACUCGAAUCGAUGGGCGGAAAUGUUUCCUUGUAUGAUUGCCAGAACUUCUACUACAGAGAUGAUUUCUAGUGGUAUGGGGGGAACGAGAAAUGGUGCACUUCAACUGAUGCAUGCGGAGCUCCAAGUCCUUUCACCUUUGGUUCUUGUUCGCGAGGUCCAUUUCCUCCGCUUCUGCAAGCAGCACGGGGAGGGGGUGUGGGCUGUGGUCGAUGUGUCCAUUGAUACCAUCCGAGAAACACCAGGUGCACCAACAUAUGUCAGAUGCAGGAAGCUUCCUUCUGGUUGUGUCGUGCAAGAUAUGCCUAAUGGGUACUCAAAGGUUAAAUGGGUAGAACAUACAGAAUAUGAAGAGAGUGCAGUUCACCAGCUCUACCGGCCCUUGAUCAGCGCUGGCAUGGGCUUUGGUGCCCAACGAUGGGUGGCCACCCUUCAAAGGCAAUGUGAAUGCCUUGCCAUCUUAAUGUCGUCCACUGUACCCUCGAGGGAUAAUACUGCUGCUAUAACUGCCGGUGGGCGGCGAAGCAUGUUGAAGUUAGCGCAGCGCAUGACGGACAACUUUUGUGCCGGGGUGUGCGCUUCCACGGUGCACAAAUGGAACAAGCUCUCUGCUAGCAACGUGGACGAAGAUGUCCGGGUCAUGACCCGAAAGAGCGUGGACGAUCCCGGUGAGCCACCUGGCAUUGUGUUGAGUGCUGCAACUUCAGUUUGGCUGCCUGUAUCCCCACAGAGACUGUUUGAUUUUCUACGUGAUGAAAGGCUUAGAAGUGAGUGGGACAUUUUGUCGAACGGUGGUCCAAUGCAAGAAAUGGCCCACAUUGCUAAAGGUCAAGAUCAUGGCAACUGUGUAUCCCUUCUCCGUGCUAGUUCCAAUAACUCGAACCAGAGCAGCAUGCUGAUACUGCAAGAGACAUGCAUAGACGCGGCGGGUUCGCUUGUGGUGUACGCGCCGGUGGACAUUCCGGCCAUGCACGUGGUGAUGAAUGGUGGCGAUUCUGCCUACGUGGCACUCCUUCCCUCCGGAUUUGCCAUAGUCCCUGACGGCCCAGGCUCUCUUGGGCCGUCCUGUAACGGCUCAUUAUCCAAAGAAGAAGGCCCACAAAGGGUGAGUGGGUCACUGUUGACCGUAGCCUUUCAGAUCCUGGUGAAUAGUCUCCCUACGGCCAAGCUCACGGUGGAGUCGGUUGAGACCGUCAACAAUCUCAUCUCGUGCACGGUUCAGAAGAUCAAAGCCGCUCUUCAGUGCGAAAACUAAUAGGGUAGUUCCUCUGCUGUGUUGUAACGUGUGAACGGUCACGAUCAUUCACACGUAUAACACUGUUUGCUGUAUUGCAGAGGAUUCGAACUCGAUGUGGUCACUAAAAUGAUAAUUACUAUGUUACUUUUAUUUUGUUGUAAUGUUGUAGUUAUAGACUUGAGGGUAAAGAACUAAAUAUAUAUUAUGCAUACAGAGAGAGUGCGAGUGUUGUGGCUGUUGUGUGGGCUUUAGAGAGUGAGAUUGAGCUUUAGGGGUGAGUCAAGAACGAACCGCGAUUGAACUCUGUCCUUGCAGGGUGGUUCUGAACAUAAUGCAGGGGUAGUGGUUCGGGUAUUGACUCAGGUCGACCCGUGCUCAAUAGAUGAAGAAAGCAUGAAAAAGGUAGGGGUUUUUUUGGUCAUAAACUAGUGCUUUUAACGUUUUUUCGUUUCGACUGUUAUAUGAUGUAGAAAGCUAAUGUUUUGGGUGAUGAUAAUGAAAAGCUUUUAUGGUUCUAUACGCAUCAAAA